AUGGAACCCACGACGGCACCCGAGGUCCCAAGUGAAACGGACCACAUUCCAACGACAAAGCGGUAUUGGAAAGAAUCAAAUGGACUCCUCUGCUCGAUUUGCCUUGAACCGGAUCAUCAAGCUCGAAAUUGCAGCCACCAACUGUGUCUAACUUGCGGUGCCAUUGAUGAGCACAUAACUCGGCAAUGUCCGGUUAGUCUGGUGUGCCAUAGCUGUGGUAGUCGAGGUCAUCUGGCACGGCAUUGUCCAUCUUCUAGGACAUCCGGAGCUCACUGUGCACGUUGUGACUCGACCAUUCAUCUCACCCUCAAUUGUCCUUCCAUAUGGCGGGCCUAUGAAGAAGAAACCAACGACAAACCCCAGCGAAUUAUGCGAGCCUGUUACUACUGUGGCAACACCGGCGACCACUUUGGAGACGAAUGUCCCUUUCGAAGACCCUCUCUUCACACAGAGCCCUCCGCGUUUUCAGAUCGCUCAGUUUCUAAACGAGAUUCACGGCAUCCCCAACUGUAUGGGUCUGGAAGGGACUCCAGCCCGCGCCGGAAAGACUAUGAUCGGCAGCACGACGUAGGAAGGCAGGAUAGCUACAGGCCACACGAUCCCCCACCAAGUCGGAAAAAGCCCAUUCGACCAGGUCGCAGGGACAGGGCUGCCAACGCGCGAGCCAUAGAGGUCGAAGACGACGACGAUUGGUUUUCGAAAAGACAACGGAAAAAGAUUCCUCCAAAGCCCGGACCUUCUCCUAAACCGAGUGGAUCGAAACCAAACAGGAUUGGUGGAUCCUACAAGGGAGGUUACAUCAAAUGA